AUGGUGUAUGAUUCGUUGACUGACGCUCCUCGCGAUUUCAGGGAGGGUAUUGACUGGCUGGUCGCCCUGAAGGGAACGGAUGCCGAAAGCAACUUGGCGGCUUUGGGUGCCGCAGUUUACAAAUUCCUCUCAGACAAUCCGGAUGAUUCUGACCAACUGCCAGCCUACCAGAAGGUUAAACUUAUUACUAAAGAGUUCUUGGAGCAAGAGGGGAUUAAGGACCGGAGGACCGUGAGGGUGAUGUUGGCGAGAUUCAACACGCCUAGGGACCUAAAAUCCUAUAUUUUAGCAAAACCUCUUGACACUUUCGAGGAUAGCGAUACUAAGAAAAUAGUAGAGGCGUGGGGUAUCACCGCUGAGAAUAUCGCAGAGAAAUUAACUCAAUCUGUGGAUGCUUGUGAGAAAUUCUUGGGUGAUAUAAAAGUUCCUGGUCAGUACAUGUCUGCUUACAGUUCGAAAGCAACGUGGGCUGAAUCAUGUUCUAAAAAACCGGAAGAUUGCGCUGCAGUCUUCGUGGGGAUUGCGCCAAUGUUAUACACGGGGCUUACGUCUUUGUGGGAUGCGACAGAUGCUGACGACUUUAGGCUGGUGCCUUCUAAGGCGAAAAAGAACUUGAACAAUUUAUUGGCCGCUUUACGUUACGUAAAGCCGGAAGUCCGCGCUAAAAUGGACCGUUCAGACGUCGUCAAUGCAUUGAGCGGUGUGGGUAUUGAUGUAUUGGACACGCUCACAGAAGUCGCUGAAUUCUGGGCUGUCUCUGGAUCGGGUAAUGCAGAAUCUGUAGAAGGUAUGAAAGGUGUAGAAACUGAAGAACUUGUGGAAGCUGGAGAGCCUGCGGAGCAGCCUGUAGAUGCUGAGAAAUCUGAAGGUGAUGAAGGUGUAAAGUCUGUAGAGGAGCCCGUAAAAUCUGUGGAGGAGCCCAUAAAAGCUGAAGCAACCGUAAACGUUGUAAAAACCGUAAAAGCUGUAAAGGCUGCGAAAAAAGCAGCGAAAAAAGUUGCCAAAAAGGCAAAACAGAAAAAGAAUCUGACUCAGGAUCCCCAGUGA